AUGAGGCCGGCGCCGCAGCCGAUGGCUGUGGAGCCGGAGACGCCGAUGCCGCCGGCCCGGCGCUCGGAGCGCGCGAACGUGGCCCAGAAGCAAGAUUCAGAGGACUUUGCUUCCCUGUUCUACGUCCUGUCGCAUGACGAGCCGGAGGAAGAUAAAGAAGAGCCGGAGGAGAAGGUGUCAGACAAGGAGGAUGAGAAGGAGGAUGACAAGGCGUCGGACAAGGCAUCGGACAAGGAAGAUGAGGACGAAGAGAUGCCGGAAAAGCAGGAGCCCGCCAAAGAGCCGCUGGGCCGAGACGAGUGGGGAGCUUCCGAAAGGCCGGAGAAGAGCGACUCGGAGUCCGAGAAGGAGAAAGGCCCGGGUGACUUCCUCAGGCUGGUUCCAGGCUUGGAGAUCCACAGCGCCUGGUUCGGGCACCCGGACGACGAGAAGCGGCGCCAGGAGGUCUCCGAGCAGCUGCGGGGCAAGGAGUGGGUGCACGCCUCCGUGCAGACCUUCGGCGACCCAGCGGUGGGCAGCCGCAAGAAGCUUUGGGCCCAGUGCAGCUACCGAUGGCUCGAGGAGGAAGAGGAACUGAUCUUUACACAGCUGGCAGAGAAGGCAGCACGGUACCUGGACGCCAGGGAUGCGGAGGACCUGCAGAAGCUUUGGGCGGCCCUACCGGACCUGACCCCAUCGGAUCCCUCGGCGUCAGUCUGGGAGCAGCAGAUGGAGAUCUUAGCGCAGCACCUGUCCUCGCCCUUGGCGGUACAGGGCCUCCUGUACCUCUCCGAGUGCCGGCGCCGUGUCUUCGUUAGCGCGGCUUGCAGCCUAGCCCGGGGCUUCCCCUUCGCCUUCUGCGCGGCCCGGGCCGCGCAGAGCCUCGCGCGUGCGCUCCGCGCCGCGGAGUUCUCGGCGCCGGAUGGCCUCACCGACGCCAUGGCCAGCCGCGAGGAGGUGCGGCACUACCUGAAGCGCUGCCGUCAAGGCUCCCACGUCUUCGAGCGGCUCUUCGGGGACUUCUUCCACCACGUGCACGCCGAGUGGCAGAAGGCGGCAGCGGGAGCGCAGCCGGACUACUUGCAGCAACUGAUCCAGGCAGCCCACGAGGCUGUGCUGGAAGUUCUCAGUCUGCCGGAGGAGGAGGUUCGCCAAGAGGAGGAGCUGCGAAUGGAGGCCUUGCUGGCGGCGGAGGACUUGGCCUUUUGCACGUUGUGCCUGCGGCCCUUGCAGCAGUUCCCGGACGAGGUUGGCGCGCUGGUGGACAGCAAAGGACGGCGCCUGGAGGGCACUCUGUACCACCGGCGCUGCGCCUUCAGCGUGGAGGGCAGCGACUCGGAGACCUUGGCCGCCUUCUCCCGGCGCCCCAGGCCGCUGCUGAUGCACAGGAUGCCGCCGCCCAAGGCGCAGGGCUGGUGGCCCUUGCCCUGCCUCACCAAGGCCGCGGACUGGGCCAAAUUUGUGGCCGCCGGGGCCGCGUUCGGCGGCUCCGAAGGCGCCGCGGUGCCCAUGGAACACGUGGCAGUGGCUUUGGCGGCCGCGUUGCCCGUGCACCCCCAGCACGCGCUCGCCCAGCUGAGCCGGAACUUCGGCAGGCGCUUGGGCAGGGGCGAGCUGAGCUCAAUGGUGGAGGACCUCGGCACCUUGGAGCUGAUCGCCUCCUGGGCCUCGGCGCCGGCGGCUUCGCUCAUCGCGCCCUGGCUGCCGCGGGAGGAGCUGCUGGCGGAGUCGAACCUCAGCAGCUGGGCCAAGUGGUUCCGGGCCUGGGACGCCACGGAGGCGCAGCUCAGCUGCGGGCGCUUGGCGCUGGCCCUGGGCUCUGCGGUGCGGGCUGCGGCGGACCGCCAGGGCGAAGCUCUCGAAGACCCCUUCGCGGAGGUUCUGGCGCUGCUCUGCGCCACCGGCGAGGCCUCCGUGAGCUCCUCGCGCUUCGUCUGCGAGGUGGCUGCUUCGGCGUCCAUGAUCCUGAGGACCCGCUCGGCGCCCGAUCGGCCGGCUGACACCCCGCCGCCCGAGUUGUCCAAGGAGCCAGCUGAGGUGAAGGUCCGCUUGACCUUCAUCGGACUUUGCGGGCGCCGGCGCUUCGUCUUCCUGGACCCGGAGCUGCGGGUGAGCCUCAGGGACCUUUUGAGUGGUCUGGCGGCGGACUCGGUGGGCUUCAGCUUGGCCCAGGAGGCCAGCGGCCUUCGCUUCUUCUUCGCUGGCCGGGAGCUGCCGCAGGAUCACAACUCCGCCAUUCCAGCAGCAGCGAUCCCCACGGAGGUCAAAGCAGGACGGCGUUCGCCCCGGGUUUCGGUGGCAUGGAAAAGGUCACUGGCGUCCUUCACCAGCGACUUUCCGUACUUGAAGGUCCUGCGCCCGGAAAACCGUAUCUCCUGCGACCCGGUGGAGGUCUUGGAAAGCUUCGGCAUGGAGGGCCUCGUCUCCGUGGACUUGCUGCGAGAGGCCAUGGAGACCUGUGCAGCCUAUGGCCGCAAGGCCCAGGCGCGCCUGGCGCUGCUCACCGCCGCGCUGCUCGCGGAGACUCCGCCGCUGCCUUUGGGCGCGCUGCGCCGCGCCGGGCGCAGAGCCACGGAGGCGGCGCAGCGCCGCCGAGCCGAGCCGCCGGCGGAGCGGGCGGCGCCGGUGACGCUGAUGCCAGAUUGCCAGGAGGAUGACGUGAGUUGGUUCUUCACGGAGGAGGUGGAGGCCGUGGCAGCGGUCCCUUCGGAGCCGCAAGCGCAAGCGCCACCAGACCUGAAGUCGGUGCAAGACAUCAGUGCUGAGAUUUGCCGGCGCAUGGGCGGUGGAUGUGGCUCGAUCAGCGGCAGCGGCACCGGCGAGCAGUUCUUCGUGUAUGGCUGCCUCAGGCCACAGCAGCCCGAGAUAAGCCUCCAGCCUGGCAUCAUUUGCCAUGUGCCCUGCGACUACGUGGCUGCCCGUGGGAGUAUGCUGGCGGCCCUCACCCGGCCCUUGCCGGAGGAGAGGCCGAAGAUCCUGCGCUCAGCAUUCCUGGACGCAGACCUGACGUCCGCGGCCUAUGAGUCCGUGGCUCCCCGCGAGCGGCGGCUGAAGCAGCAGUUUCACCAGACGCUUGCGCCAGACGGCCGCUUCCUCUCCGCCACUGCGGCCCGGGACCAACUGCUGGUGGAGCCCUUGCAAGCGCUGGCGCGAGCCGGCCUCGAGGCGCUGCUCAUCUCGGGGGACGUGUCGGAGGCGGUGAAAGCGGGCUGCUGCCACUGCAACUUGCUGCUGGUGGCUGGGAUCCCGGCGCGGCUGCUGCACGCGCUGGCGGAGGAUUGCGGGGCGGAGGUCCUGCAUGGCCUGCCAGACAUCACGGCCGUCACGGCCGGUGUGAUGCCUUGGGAGUCCCGCGAGGUUCUGAAUCUGCAACUGGCGCCGGCCAGCGACAAGUGCUUCUGCUUCCCGCUCUUGGGCUUGCGGCAGCCUUUGCUGCCUGAAGGGAGUGAGGCCUGGCAACUGUCGGCCUCCGCGGAUUCCUCCGCCGCGGCUUCGGCCACGGCGCGCAUCAGCGGCGCCAGCGAGGCGCAGACGCAGCUCCUGGCGGCGGAGCUCUGCGAGGCCGUGCAGCGUAGCCGACGGAGCGAGACACUGGAGGAGGACUGGCUGCAGCACACCGCCGCCGCCCUGGAGUCCGCCUCCGUCGCUUUCGCCUCGGCGGAUGCCGACGCGGACGCGGAGGCGGAGGCGGACGCGGCGCCGUGGCUGCGGGAGCCCGAGGAGGAGGCGCUGCAGGACGCGGCGGCCUACAGCGCGCUGGGCCGGGCGCUGCUGCGCAUGCAGGCCAUGGAGCAGCAGGUGCCGGGCCCAGAAGAGGAGGUGGCGAAGCCGGACCAGGCUGAGGCGGUGCUGGCGGUGCUGCGCCGCGCCGUGCGUUUGGCGGAGCUGCUGAGCGAAAGCUGGCGCGGCGAGCCGGUGCCGUUGCAGCAGCUGCAGGAGGACUUCCAGAGCCAGGUCCAGGAGGCUUCGCAGGAUCCUGAGGAGCCAAGCUCGCUGCGGGAGCUCGGCAUCUUCGGAGACUCCGCGGUGCUGGUGCUGCAAAGGUCGCACCCUGAAGACUCCGACGAAGGCGACGAUGCCGCCUCUGAAAAGGCAGAGGCGAAAGAAGACAAAGACUCGGAUGAUGAAAAGGAGGCGGAAAAGAAAGACAGUGACGAUGAAGCCAAGCCGCAGGCCAAGGAUAGCUCCAGCUCAGAGGAGCCAAAGAAAGAGGAGAAGCCGGAGGAGAAGGACAGCGACAGCGACAGCGAUGCGAAGGCCAAGGCAAAAGCCAAGGACAGCUCUGACAGCGACGAGGACAGCGGUGACAAGAAGAAGAAGUCGCGGAAGGUUGCAAAGAAAGAUGAGAGCGAUUCCUCGGAUAGCUCCGAUGACAAGAAGAAGGCCAAGAAGGCCGACAAGAAGAAAAAGAAGCGGAGCUCCAGCUCUUCCAGCAGCCGGAAGAAGAACCGCUCUCGAAGCAAGAAGAAGAAGAGAAGUCGCAGCCGGCGCCGCAGCAGGUCGAGGCGCCGUAGCCGCAGCAACCGGCGAAGAAAGAAGAGCGACACCCGCAGCAGGAGUCGCAAGUCGCGGCGGAGACGCUCCCACCGUCGCGACAGAAGCCGCAGCCAGCGGCGUAGAUCUCCCGCCCGGCCCGGCCUGCGCGGCAUGGUCGCGGACCGCGUGCAAGCGGAGAGGAGGAAGAAGGAUGACAAGGAGGAGGAGAAGCGUGAGGAGCCAAAGGCUGAGACGCGAGCUCGGAGCAAGAGCAACAGCAACUUCAGGCCCUCGCCUGCCUCCAAACGGGCGAAGGUUGAUGCCGAAGGCCGGGCCGGCGGCCUGGCGGCGGAGCUGGCGGCCGAGAAGGACAAGGACAGACGGGGCAGCGCAGGCAUUUUGGCCAAGGACGAGUCGGACGGCGAGGGAAAGAGGCCCGCCUGGAUGGACUCCGGAGAUGAGAAGGCCCCGUCUCCCAAGAAGGGCGAAGCCGACGGCCCAAACUCUGAGUCCAAGGCUACCAAGGAGGAGCAAGAGUUGGACUAUAUGAGCCAGCCGUUGGUGCCGGCCGAGAAGCCCGCGGCCAAGAAGCCCGUGUCUCAGGCCUUGGCCGGGCAACCGCCCCGCGCCAGCAUCACCAACCCCUUCCACGCCCGGCUGCUGGCACAGCAGCAGCGAGAGAAGGAGCGGGCGGAAGCCGACGCAAAGGCCAAAGCUGAGGCCGACGAGAAGGCAAAGCAAGAAGAGGAAGUUAGACAAAAGGAGCAGCAUCUGAAAGCCCAGGGGGACCUCAAGUCCCGCAUGGAGGAGGAGAAGAAUAGAAGAGAAGCCGAGCUGCGUAAGGUUGCCGAGGCAGCCAAGACGCCGGGCAUGGUGCCCAUGCCCGGCAUGCAGCCCUUCCAACCAGGACUGAUGGCACCCGGCAUGGCACCUCCGAUGGGCGGACCCGGUGGUAUGGGGGCCAUGCCCAUGGGCGCCAUUAGCAAGGCCGGCGUGCCUCCGGUGAAAGGCGCUGGCAAGGGCGGCUCGGAGGGGACCAUCGCUGCUUUGCGGAACAUGUUCGGCGGCACCGGCAAGGCUCCUAUGGAGCAGCCGCCUCACGUCACGCAGGGCGCUGUGGCCAAGAGUUUUGGGCCUCCGCAGACUCUCACGCCCCCGGUAGCAGCUCCGCCAGCAAAGGCACCUACGGACGCAGCCCAGGCGCCGGUGAAAGCGCCGCCAUCUGCGCCUUGGAGGGGUCCACAGGCGCCGGCGCCGGCACCGGCAGAGGCUCCGCCGAUGAAAGCUGGGCCGUUGGGCGUCACGCAGGGCGCGGUGGCGAAAAGCUCUGGGCCCCCACAGGCCAUGCCUACUCCGCCAGCCACAGCCUCCGCUGUGUCGAAGGCGGCACCUCCCGAUGGCGCGAGCUCCCCGGCGCCUUCGGCGUCUUCUCCGGCUGCGGUACCUGCACAGGCGGCGACGUCCUCCACAGCGCCCGCCAGCGGCGCGGGUGCCACCGGCGCAGCCGCCGGCGCCGCCGCGACGUCGCCCGCGUCGCAGUCGGCAGCGCAGGCGUUGGCCAUGAAUAGCAUGGGUAUGAUGAUGCCGGGCAUGAUGAUGCCGGGCUUCAGCGGCUAUGACAUGCUGAGUGCCAUGGGGAUGGCCGGCAUGGGCAUGGGCAUGGCGAUGCCGGGCAUGGGCAUGAUGGGCAUGCCCACCAUGCCGGGCAUGAUGCCCGGGAUGCUCCCGCAGCAGCCGGAGUCGGGAUCCGCCAAGGCGGCACCCAAAGCCGCAGCUUGAGGCACCCUGGCUGGGCGUUGGAGCGUUUUGGAGACGGAGCUGUCCUGAGCAAUCGGACGAAAUCGAGCCAAAUGGAGCCGAGUCUGCCGGCGUUUGCUCAGACUGCGCUUGCCUCGCCUAGUCCUCGAGAUAAGCCCAGAGCCCAAGA